GCAACAUGUGUCACUUCCACUCCCCACGCGUCCAUUCAACUCCUCUUUAAAUUCAUCAACUCCUCCAUUAAUCUUUCGUAUCACUUCAAUUCCUCUCUAGCUAAAAAAUCUAACUCUCCACAUAUAUCCAUCCAAUCCAUGGCUGACCCACGCCAGCAGCAGCAGCAACAAAUACAACCCACUGAAGCCAUGAAAAGCCUCGUCCCUCAAAAGGGUCCAUCAAAAUCACAAGUUUUAGCAGUAGUUACUCUCUUCCCAGUUGGAGGUGCUCUCCUUUGUCUUGCAGGGUUGACGCUUACAGGAACUCUUAUCGGUCUUGCCGUUGCAACUCCUCUGUUCUUGCUGUUCAGCCCCGUUUUGGUGCCUGCAGUUCUAACCAUAGCAUUGGCUGUCACUGGAUUCUUGACAUCAGGAGCUUUCGGUAUUACGGCGCUGUCUUCGCUGUCUUGGAUCAUAAACUACUUGAGAGGGCCGGCGAGAGAGCAGUUGGAACAUGGAAAAAGGAGAGUGCAGGAUACAGCUGGAACCAUGGGACAGAGGACAAGGGAAACUGGUCAGAAGGCUCAAGAAGCUGCAGGUGGGAGAACUUGAGCUUGUGUAGACAGACAGUGAUGGAUCUUAGACUAUAUAAGCAAAUCAAUUUGGAUUCGCCAGUGUUUGUAGACAUGAUCUUGGUUGUAGGCGUCAUCUUCUUGGAAAAUAGCUCAAAUGAAAUGAAUCAAGAGUGUAGUGUGUUUUUACACAUUGUGUAGUGUGAAAGUUUUCUUUUCCUAGAGUGCGGCAACAUUUGGUUUCUUUGUGUAAUAAAUCGGAUGUUUUUUUAUCUUUUACUAUAGAGUUUCAUCA